AUGGCGAAGACUGGGUCCCAUACCAGCGGCUACGGCAAGCUUGUCUUUGCCUUCAUCGCGAUCGGUUCGCUGACAUACGGCUAUGCUGCAUCCAUCAUCAGCUCCACCAUCGGCCUGCCGGGUUGGUACCUCUACUUUGACCUUCCCCAGAGUGGUGAGACUGGUUACGACAGCAUAACCACACCCGCAAUCUCCACGGCCAAUGGCCUCUUCAGCGCCGGUGGAGCGGUGGCUGCCCUCAUCGCCAUGUGGUCUUGUGAUGCCUUUGGCCGCAUCCGCAACAUUCAAGUUGCCUGUCUCCUCGGCAUCCUUGGAGGUGGUCUCCAGGGAGGAGCAACUAGCCUAGGCAUCUUCCAAGCGGGUAGAUUCAUCAUGGGAAUGUGUGUCGGUGCCAUGGUCACGGUUUGCCCAAUGUACUUUUCCGAAAUGGCUGAUCCUGCGUCGCGGGGAUGGCUUGUCGGUCACCAUGCCAUCUUCUUGGUGUUCGGAUACAUGCUUGCGGGAUGGAUCGGAUUCGCUGUCUACUUUGCUUCCCCUGAGUUCAGCUGGCGAUUCCCACUCUGCUUCCAGAUGUUGCCACCACUGGUCCUGCUCGCCGGUUCGCCUUGGGUCCCUCGAUCGCCGCGCUGGUUGGCGUCCAAGGGCCACACGGACGAAGCCUACGACGUGUUGCGGCGGUUGAGGAUGUCGCCCGCUGACCCGAAUCACCUGGCGGCGAAAGAGGAAAUCUUCCAGAUCAAGGAGCAGCUUCGCAUGGAUGCCGACAAGUUGUCAGCAUAUGGCGGAAGCCCCUGGAAGGCGGUCCUCCAGAAGAAGAGCUACCGCAAGCGCAUGAUCAUCGGCUUCCUGACCCAGUGGGGUGCCGAGUUUGGAGGGCCACUCAUCAUUAACAACUACGCCGUCAUUCUCUACACCAACCUUGGGCAGACGGGCUACAUGCCGCUUCUGCUUUCGGCCGUGUGGCUGACGACAGCAGGCGUCAUCUACAACCCGCUGGGCGCGUGGCUGCACGACAAAGUCAACUCGCGACGCAAAAUGUACAUGACGGGGUUUGCAGGCAUCGUCGUCACCACGUCGAUCCUCGCGGCCAUGACGGCUGAAUACGUUGGCACGACCAACAAAGCCGGCAACGCGAUCGGGGUGCUGAUGAUGUUCCUGUACCUCGCAAUGCAGGGCACAUUCUGCGACACGACCAUGUACCUCUACAUUUCCGAGAUUUUCCCAACGGAGAUCAGGUCGAUCGGGAUGGGGUGGUCUCUCUUUGGACAGUUCUCCGCCACCAUUAUCCUCUUGCAGACGGCCCCUCUUGGCUUCGCCGAGGCGGGCUGGAAGUACUACCUGGUCAUCAUCUGUUGGAGCGCUUUCUUCCUGCCAUGCAUCUACUUCUUCUGGCCCGAAACGGCGCGGCUGUCGCUGGAAGAGAUCGGCAAGAACUUCGGCGACGAGGUUGCCGUGCACAUCACCGACGCAACUGACGAGGAGAAGGCGCGUCUUGACCGCGAGCUGCAGGGCGCCGAUGUCAAGCACAACGGCGGCGUCGUCGUGAACAGCGAAGCGUCAGGAACCCGGGGGAGCGGGAGCACGAGUGAGCGAGAGACGCAAAAGCAGGAGUAA